AUGCUCACCAGUGUUGUUGUGUUCGUGGUGUCUGUGUGUGCUGGUUUAGUAAUAGGUCUAACUACAACACGUACAGAUGACCAGCAUAACAUUAAACAUGAAGUUUAUUACAAGCAUAUGAAAUUACCACUGAGUACUUUUGUCGGAGAAAAGAAAAUUGAAUAUGGCUGUUCGGCUUUCCCGCUCAAAGCAGACGAAUAUAUAACUGAAUAUUUGCCAAUCGGAAAACGUAACGAUUUGUACCACAUCACCGUGAGUGUGUGUGACACUCCCUACGAUAAGUCGCCUAUUUGGGAAUGCAUCAACCCGAGUCAUGUUUGUAAAAAUUCGAAAAGAGAAUUCCUGUAUUCCUGGACGAAUGGUGCCCCGGGAUGGACUUUACCUGAAGGUACGGGCAUAUAUACUGGUAAUAGAUCCAAAUACGUAAUAAUGCAAGUCCACGGAAGAGACGACAUCUCAGAUGAACGUGUCAAAGACUUUGCACACAUGCGUUUGAAAAUCCAAACCACCAGACCUCAAGUAGCAGCUGCUGUUAGCAUGUACACCGGAUACGGUUAUAUUCCUCCCCAUGUAGAUAAUUUCACAGUUGAUACAGCAUGUGUAUGGAACAAGACGACACCUGUGCCCAUCCUAGCUUACGGAAUACAUACACACACCAGGGGUUUGGCGCUAUCUGGUUACAUUGUCCGAGAUGGUCAGUGGAUCGAGAUUGGACGCGGUGACCCAUUAUAUCCAUUGACAAUGUUUGACAUCACAGAUCGAAAGAUGCGGAUUCUGCCUGGAGAUAUUAUCGCAACCAGAUGCACAUACCGGAAUACUGACAACACACGAGUCUCCAUGGGGUUCACCCACGUCAGAGAGAUGUGUAAUUAUUUCGUUUACUACGGAGUAACUCCUGACAAAAUUGCUUCGACCAAAGCCAUCGCAUGUGGCGGAAAUGCACAGGGGACAGGCUGGGACCAACUGUUUGACAACAUUCCAGCAGACGCUAGUGAUCCUACUGGAGACACGGAACAAUCCCGUUAUGUCAAAAAGUAUCAUCUUACCAAAAAUUACUGA